AUGUCCAUCAUCGACCGUGUAGUCCUUGUAUCCGGUGCCUCCAAGGGCAUCGGUAAGGCGAUUGCCCUCCAGGCCGGUAAAGAAGGUGCCUAUGUGAUUGUCAACUAUAACUCCGAUGCGCAGGGAGCCGACAAGGUCGUCGCGGAGAUUGGGGCUAGUCGCGCGCUGGCCGUCCAGGCGGACAUUUCCAAAGCCGCAGAUAUUGACCGACUGAUCGAGGCAUCCGUCACACGGUUUGGCAAGAUUGAUGUGGUUGUCCCGAAUGCGGCCUAUCUGCCGUUGGCAGAUGUUGAGGCGGCAACGGAAGACCAGUUCGAUAUGGCGUUUGGCGUGAAUGUUAAAGGGCCAUGGCUUCUUGUGCAGAAAUCUCUUCCCUACAUGAGCAGCGGCAGCACUGUUAUCUUCAUCUCCUCGGACUUGACUGACUUCAAUACCUUGCCGCCACAGUUCUUUCUCUACAUCUCGACCAAGGGAGCACUGAAUCUGAUGGUACGGUCGAUUGCGCAGACCCUGGCAAAACGUGGCAUCCGCGUCAACGCUGUGUCGCCAGGCCCAACCGAAACCGAUUCUUUCUUCAAGUCCAAUAACGACGACAGUAUUCGGAUGUUGGGGGAUCUCAAUCCGUUCAAGAGGCUUGGGAAGCCAGAGGAGGUUGCGGCAGCAGUGAGCCUGCUGUGGCGCCCAGAGAGUUCGUGGAUUUCGGGACAAGUUGUCAAAGUGAAUGGGGCAACCGCCUGA